AUGUUAGAUCAGCAUAAUGAACUUGUCAAAACAUUCAGGCGGGUUCGGCAACAGCUGCAAGAUUCUACAACAACAAGUUUAAAGCUUCAAAUUUUUGGAGCUAAGAGCAGAAAUCGACAGUAUGACUUGCCCAGCAGCACUGAAAUCGCGGCACUUAUACCGGGCGAUUUUAUUCCGGACAGAGAGGAUCGAGAUAUUAUUGUUGAUCACAUAUAUGAGGGUUUGAAGAGAAUUACAAGUCUCAAUCCAAAAUUUGAUGCAUUACAUUUCCCGCUCUUAUUUCCAUAUGGAGAGGAUGGCUAUCAUCCACUUAUCAAGUACAGGUCAGCUUACUGUCCUCCUUCUAUGCGUCGACAGUUUGUUACUCAGCGUGAGUAUUAUACAUUUAGGCUCCAAUAUCGCAUCAACGAAGGCCAUACAAUUGUUCAAGCUGGAAAAGCUCUUCAACACUUUUGCAUAGACGCCUAUUCAUCAAUAGAGUUAAAUAGGCUAGCUUUUUUGCACUACCAUCAGCCACAACUUAGAGCUGAGGUUUAUCAAGGCUUGCAAGAUGCAAUGGCGCGAGGUGAUCUUGAUGGGGAUAAAGUGGGUCAUGUAGUGCUCCCUGGGACUUAUAUAGGCAGCCCACGAUAUAUGCAACAAUUAUAUCACGAUGCAAUGGCGGUGGUCGAGUUCUAUGGAAAUCCGGAUCUAUUUAUUACAUUUACUUUCAAAAAAAAAAAAAAAGGUUUGCCUCACAUACACUUGCAGGUUUGGUUGGCUGAAGAGAAUAAACUAAGGACAGCAGAUGAUAUUGAUGAAGUCAUCUCAGCCGAACUUCCUGAUCCCCAAGAAGAUCCAGUUGGAUAUGAGGCUGUUUGCAAAUAUAUGUUACAUGGUCCAUGUGGAGAAGCAAACACAAAUGCACCGUGCAUGCGAGACAAUAAACGGCCCUCAAACGGAAGAUGUUCGAAACAAUUCCCAAAAGAGUUUAACUCAGCAACGUCAUUUGACAAGUUCGGAAAUGUCAUCUACAGAAGAUCUAACUCUGGCAUAGAGGCUAUGUUGAGCUCACAUUCAAUGACUCUUGAGGACUUUAAUCUUCCGCUCCCAUCCGAUGGUCCAUGUGAUAAUGGCGAGAACCCACUCACAAACGAGCAUCUAGCUUUUGAUACGGACCAGCAACAUGCAUUAGCCACCUCUAUGUUGAAGUCUCUGAAUUUUGAUCAAACCACUGUCUAUUCAGCAGUCAUCAACUCAGUUCACAACAAGAUGGGUCGUGCUUUCUUCCUAUAUGGUCACGGAGAAAUCCCCCACGACUUUACAAGAAACAUCGUCUUCGUCGAAGCAUUUGCUAACAUUAUGGAUAUCUAA